AUGGAGUUAGGGCAGUUUGUGCAAUACAUGGUAGAUAUGGACAUGGAGGCCCUGGGUUCGAACUGUGCGAAUGUGUAUUAUAAGCACCCGCAGGAUCCAAAUGGUGUGGAGAGACUAGUCACACGCGCGGGAGACAGAAUUAUGUGCAAGCUGAUGUCUGGGGCAUUAUUCUUUCUAUACCAAAGCAACGCAACCGCAAAAAUCCAAGGAAUAGACCACACAAAUGAUGAAACGUUGAGGGAGUACGUAAGAUGUGCCAUACUGAAUAUGUUUGCAAAGUUUUUAAAGCAGUCAGCGUGUGACGGAAAAUGGGGUUUAUGGUACGCAUGGUACACAGUGGAAAGGGAAAUGGACGAAUCCAUGGGAGGAGUAAUGAAAAGGGUGAAUUGUGCAAAUGAAGUAUAUCAAAAUAUUCAAGCUGCAGGAUGGUCUAUGGAACAGAAAAUUGCAACAUGGUUAAGUACGGACCACAAACUAAAGGACAGAUUGGGCAAAGCAGGUGUAAGCAAUAUCUGUAAAUGGGAACUGGAUAAGGACGGGCACAUCAAAGGCCGAAAGGGUACGGCACAUGUAGACAAUACGACGCACAUGAUAGCCACAAACGUAACGAAGCCAUUGACGGAAGGUAUAAAGGAAAUUUUGGUGGACAUUAAGAAGGAAGUUAAGGAGACCAUACAACGCGGGCUGCAUACUCAACAGGCCCCGGGAGUACAAGGGGUACAGACACCGUCGCCAUCACCACCAGGUAGGUCAGAUCACGGUAGUGGGGAAUCGUCCGGGUCCGCCCCUGCAAUAUCAGGAGCUAAUGAGCCGGCAACCACACCAUCCAAGGUACCGACAGGUGCAGGAGGAGCCUCGGCCGCUAAGCCGGCCCCAAAAGGAACAGGCACGCAAGGACCAGGAGCUGGACAACAACCCCCAUCACCACCACCACAACAGCCAGAAAACACAAGUACGAGCAAUACAGGCGCUGCGGCACCUGACACAGGCACUGGAAGCACGACACCUGAUAAAGGUAAGGAAGGAGUACUUUGCAAUGAGGACAAGGACGAAUCCAGCAUAAGGGGCCCGAAGCCAACAGUACAGGCCGAUCCUAUUGACUAUAACCUUCGGGGCCACGGAAGUGUUACUAUGGUUAUUGUUACCCCGGAGCUCCCUAAGAAGUGCCCCGGCAAUGGUAGUGAGACAAAGGUUGAUUCCACGGAAAGUGCAACUAAGGCUAAGGGGCCACAGCCACCUCCGCAGAAAUCGGAUAUUAGUGUUCAGGACAAUACCAGAGAGAAGGGUGCUUCAGUGAGUACUAAACAGGAGAAUAAACCAGUUGAUGAUACUGGUAAGGAUGGAAGCACAGAUCCUGCUUCAACAUCCCCCGAGGAAAAGAGCGGGCACAGUGCGAAUCCGGCUGGUGGCGAAACAGGUUCCACUGCACAUGACACGGACGGCUUGGGAUCAGUACACAACAGUAGCAACUUAUGGGCAAUAGGAUCAGUACCCUCCGGUGAUAACAAGGCUGAUGGCAAAGGUGGUGGACCACCAGGCUUGGAAGAAUACGGCUCUGGCAUAAAGUGCAACGACAACCCUUCAGACAAGAGGUGUGACCCCCAAUUCUCAAUAACAUUCAAACCGGAUGCAACUAGUCUGGGGGGAGGAUAUGGGACCUGGACACCGCGCGAUGGAUUAAAUGGGCAACCAGCACAAUCAGGUAAUGUACCUGGUCCACAGGAUAAAAUCCCAGGUGAAACUACAGAUGGUAGCGGCCCGUAUCCUCCUGACCUAACCGCCGACAUCCUGACCGCCACUACUCCCGUGCUGUUUUUUCUCGCUUCCGUCAUCGUUGCCCUUCUUGGUUAUUCCCUUUGGAAGUACUUUGCCUUCCUCGGAAAAAAACGACGACGCACAUAUCGAACCGUUCGUGACGUGCCGUCACCGCCACUCCACGAAGACAUAUUGCAACAUCUACAACGCGGCGAACUGCCGCCACCCGAUUACGGGUACACGAUGGUUAGGGCUACGCGGGCUGCGUCAACAUCCGAACGCCGCGGACAACGUCCACCACGCGUGAAUCGCCGCACCAUCCUCGAGCUACAUCUAGAAGUGCUCAACGAAUGUGAAGCGACCGAAUGGGAACACGUCAAAGAGCACUAUUUGCAGAUUGUCGUGGAGGAGUUUGCAAAUAACUUGAUGCGGGACGACCACAGGAAUAACACUAUCUUGGAUGUUCCUAACUCGCACGCCGCUUUAGCAACCCACGAUGCGACAACCCGGAAUCCACCCACGGACAUCGACGCAACAAAUCCAUUACCACCGAAUGAAGACGACCCCGAUGCAUGGAGUUGUAUGGAAACCAUACAGUUCGCAACGGCCCGUUCUCCACCUAACGAAGAUGACCCCGACCCAUGGAGUUGUAUGGAAACUAUACAGUUCGAUGCACCACAGAGUCGUGCUCAUUCCAACCCCGAGCACGCGACCCCCGACCACACUAAUUGGAUUAACUGGAUUCACCGCAACACGCAUCUAUUGCGGGCGUGCACGGGGAAAACGUGGUUUAAUGCCCUCAAAACGGAAUGGAAACAAUACCUGCGCGAGCACAUGGUGGCAAACGAGGAUAACGCAGUAUACGGGCACCGUCAAUUCGGUCAGCGUGGCAAUAUCCCAUCCGUAGAGAUGAAGAAAGAUGCCUGGAACGAGUGGGUCGAACAGCAACAUCGGCAAAUGAGUGUACAUAGCGACGAGGCGUGGUUCCAACAUUUGUUGCAUACUGCACAGGAGGAGACAGAAUCGCAAAACGGCCAAGCACCUAUAGUGGACAAAGAGUUAGAAGUGGAACAAGUAAUGGCAGCAGCACAUGUGCUACGAGUGCGAGAUUUACCGCGCUCGCAACCACCCCAUGAGCAAUACUACCAGCAGAAACACUUAAUUGCCAAAUUGUGGAUGCUCCUCCUCGCGUCCGUAAUCGAAGAAUGCGAGGUCGAGAGAAGUGUGCAGGAUAGGGAGUUAUAUGUAGAUGAACUAUUGCAGCAACUGUGA